CUUUCAGUGUAUUAUUCAAGUGAUUCUGUCAGAUUUCGUCGUUCCGUCACCAGCGCGAGUGUCGCAAUUUCCGUUUUCGAAACUUCAGACGCAUCGAGUAGCAUUUUCAUAACUCCCAUCUAAUGGCAUCUGUUGUAUCGAAAACUCCGUUGCUUCGUGCAGCUGCGGCUCGCGGUUAUGCCGCUCAGGCACAGGCAGCAGCCGCCAGUCGUGGUUCCAACGAAGCUCAAACCACCACCCUGCCGAACAAACUGGUAGUAGCUUCAGCCGAGCCAAAUGCAGCCGUAGCUCGUGUUUCCAUUGUCUAUCGAGCCGGAUCUCGCAACGAGUCCGCCGAAAAUUUGGGAGCUUCGCAUGUACUUCGUGCUACGGCGGGACUCUCCACUAAGACCGCUACUGGGUUUGGCAUUACGCGCAAUUUACAACAGGUCGGUGGGUCACUAACGACGACUGGUGACCGUGAAUUGAUUACUUACACGGUGGCUGUCACUAAAGAUCAUUUGGAGACCGGUCUGAAAUAUCUCGAAGCUGCUGCUACUGGUCAUGUAUUCAAGCCUUGGGAAUUGGCUGACAUUACUCCACUGAUCAAGGCGGACAUUGCGCGUAUUCCAGUUCAAGUCCAGGCUGUCGAAGCCUUACACAAGGCGGCUUUCCACACCGGGCUGGGUAAUUCGGUGUUCUGUCCGAAGUACCAAGCAGGGAAACAUUCAUCUGAGACGAUGCUACAUUAUGUUGCUGCCAAUUGUACGGCCAACCGUGCGGCUGUAUCGGCGCUUGGUGUCGACCAUCAAUUGCUAGUGGGAUUCGCCCAGAGUUUGGGCUUGGAAUCGGCAGCAUCGGCUGAAGGCAAAUCCGAGUUCAACAGCAGCGAGAUUCGCCAUGAACGCGGAGGAAACCGUGCUGCAGUAGCUGUUGCAACACAAGCCGUCGGAUGGAGCAACUUGAAGGAAUGUCUGGCCUACAUAGUUCUUCAGUAUGCCGCUGGAGCAGGUCCAGUUACAAAGCGAGGCGGUAACAAUGGUGCUCUCACCAAACUAAUUGGAAAUGAUGUGGCAACAAGUGCCCUUUGCUCUUCAUACACCGACAAUGGUCUGUUUGGAUUUGUCGUUGCUGGCAACACGAAGGAUGUUGGAAAAGCGGUCGAAGCUGGAGUCAAAGGACUCAAGUCUCUCAAUGUGAGCGAUGCUGAUGUUGCUCGCGGUAAAGCUGGAGUACUGGCAUGGGUUUUGAGCUAUCUAGAAGAUCAGUCCACGUUGUCGUUUGAUCUUGGUGAACAGGCUGCAUUGCUGGGACAAGUAUAUGGCAAAUCCGAAUUGGCAGCUGCUAUCAAUGGAGUUUCAACCGGCGAUGUCCAAGCGGUUGCUCGGAAAGUUGCUUCCGGUAAGUUGGCUGUCGGUGCCGUCGGAAACUUGAGCAGAGUUCCAUAUCUAAGUAACUUGAACUAAACGGGGAUCUAAUCCCGGUAGCGGCUAUGUAUAUCGAUCAUUGUUACUGUGCAAAAUAAAACUAUCCAAUAAACCACA